AUGAAUAUCAGCCUCCGAUCCAGCCAGUCUUCAUAUGGAGACCCUCGAUACUUGUCCACUGCUACCGUCUCCGACGUCCACGCUCCAUCACCUCUAGGAAAAACCCUGGUCGACGGCUAUCGGGAUGCGGUUAACCAGAGUGAAGACCGGGCGCGGUACAAUCCGCUUAACCCGGCUCAUCCGCGAAGCUCAGCUCUCGUCAAUACCAGCGAUCCCGUCACCAUGUAUUUAUUAACCGAGACGGCCAUGGGCGACAGCACAAACUACGAGAUCUUGUCAUUCGAAGAGGUAGAAGACCUCAAGAAAGAACGCUCGCUCCUGUCCACCCGAAUCGAAGGCACGAAACGCAAACUUACCCUGGAGACCAAACUCCGCGACGCCGCCCAAUCCAUUGGCAGACUAUACAGCCCGCCUAGUCCCCGAAGCAGCGGUGAAUACGGCGCCAAUGGAAAGUCACACCGGAGGAGUCGGAGUAUCUUUGGUCGCAGCGGCACAGCACAGGUACUUGAUAAGAGCGACUCAGAGCUGGCUAUGAGUCAACGCAAGUGCGAAGAGUUGGCGCAAGAACUGUGGAAACUGGAGAAUCGGUCUCAGCAGAUUAGCCAGCGAUUGCUAGAACAUACUGCGGGUGUCUUGCAGAUGACCCACAAGGGAUUAAGGAAAACUCCCAAGAACUCCGACGAACUGGCCUCUGAUCUUGACGACGGACAUGACUUUGACGACCGCCAUCUAUACCGAACGCCGGAGCAUAUAGAUAACCACGGAUUGAACGGACGCAUUGAUAUCAACCCAACGGUGGACAAUGAGGCCAUGGAGGCCACGGAAAAACGACUGGACGAACUGAGCCAACGAAUUUGCGAAAUGAUGAUUCAGUCUACCCCCGAUGAAUUUGUCGACCCUCCGCCACAACCGAAAAGCUCGGCUGACCCCACACAAACGAUCGAGGCGCAUUUGGCCUAUAUUGAAAGUGGUAUGAACUCUCUUGCUUCCCGCGGUCCUUGCCCGAACCUCGUUGGUCCUGGUACUGCGCCCGAAGCCGAGGGAGCAUGGCGUCAACACCUCACGGUGAUCAACACCCGGGUUCAGAGCAUCGUCGACCGAUUUGGGCUGACAAGGUCCCCCACUUUGCCCCCGCCCCCAAGCGCAACAGAUGGCGAGGGACUGGAGGAGCAACUUGGAUAUCUCCAGACCGGUAUCGAUGGCUUGGAAAGUCGGGUCGAUGGUCUGAUCGAGCAGAAGAGCAUCUUGACCAUCCAAAUUCAGCAGCAGCGCGAACUGAACUCCAAAUCCGAUGCGGAGCGUGAUGCCCACAUUGGCGAUUUGACUGAGCAGCUGGCCUAUAUGCGCAAGGAUUAUGAAACUUCCCAGCGCGAUGGCAAGACUGCCCAGGAUGAGCUAGCUGUAUUGAUGGAACAGCUUGAGGCCAUGCGCAAUAACGGCUCUACCCAAGAAGAGGCCAAGGCUGCCCUGGUGCAGGCUGAAGGAGAAGUCGCUCGCUUGAAUAGUGUUGUGGACUCGUUGCAACACGAAGUAGAUAUCCGUGCGCAGGAGGCUAUGGAGGCCCGCGCGCGUGCAGACUCAGGGACCGCUCAGUUGGAAGCCAGUGCUAAGCAAUACCGCGAAGAGGCGGAUGUCCGUGUGCAAGAAGCUGUGGCGGAGGCUGUUCAAGAGGCCAUUGAUCGCCGCCUGCAGGUAGAGAAUCAACUUGCCACGGCUGAAGUGCAACGUGCCGAGAUGGAAACUCAGCUUGUACAGGCCGAAGAACGUCGUACUCAGGUCGAAGCCCAAAUUGCGCAGGUUGAAGAGCGUCGCAUCGAGGUUGAGGCACGAUUUGCUGAGGUUGACGCCCAAAUUUCUGAGGUCGAAGGACGUCGUGCUGAGGUUGAAGAGCGCUGUAUCGAGGUCGAAUCUCAGAUCGCACAGGUUGAUGAGCGUCGUGUCGAGGCCGAAGAACGUUGCGCUGAGUUUGAAUCCCAGAUCGCACAGGCUGAGGAGCAUCGCAUCGAGGCCGAGGAACGCUGUAUUAAGAUUGAGACCAAGAUUGCACAGGUCGAGGAGCGUCGCGUCGAGGCCGAAGAACGCUGUGCCGAAAUCGAAUCCCAGAUGGAAGAGAUUGAAGAGCGUCGUAUUGAGGCUGAGGAACGUUGCGUGGAGCUUGAAGGCCUGCUUCUGCAAGCUGAAAAGCGGCAUGCUGAGGCCAGUCGCGAAAUGGUACAGGCUGAUGGACAGGAAGACCUGGCCGAGAAAUUCGCUGAAUCUGAAGAGAAGCGAGCUGAAGCCGAGAAUCUGCUAGCGCAGGUCGUGAUGCAACGUGAUCAGGCGGAGGCUGAUGCGGAGCGUGCGCAUAAUGAAAUGACCGACCUUGAAGGUGAAGUUGUGCGAAUCACAACGGAGCUCACAAUGGUCAAGGCUGAUCUGGAUGGUGCUUACGGUACCCGAGCUCAGCGAGCCGCCGAAGUGGCCCUCAACCCCGAAAUUCAAAAUGAGAUUGAUGCCCUCAACACACGCAAUCUUGAGUUGACUGUGGAGCUUGCUGAACUUCGGGGCAAGCAGGGAGGUGGCGACGCCCAGAAACGCGCCGAUACUCUUGAGAAGGAGCUUCGGGAGACUCUCGAUGACUACGAGGCCAUGACCAAGGCUAGCAUCGAGUUUGAAAAGGAGCGUGAGCGGUUCGAAAGUGUCAUUGAUAGCCUCCGGGAUCGCAGUGAGCAGUUGGAGACCCAGCUCAGCGAGGAGCGCAUCAGUUGGAUGAACCUGAGCUCGCCAACAACCAUGGGCCGUGAUCCUACUAUGGAGACAACCUCGACGAUGGUUCUCAAGAACGAGUUCAAGAAGAUGAUGCGCGACACUCGCAGCGAAAACAUGAGGAUAUUGAAGGCGGAACAAGAGGAACGGCGCAGAAUCGAAGGACUGUUGCGAGCCCUGAGGAAAGAGCACGCUCAGUUGACGGGCAAGCCCUUGCCCAGUCCUGUUGGAACCCCAUUAUGA